ACGCACCGCGCGGCGAAAAAGUGGCAAAAAAAAAGGGAAAAAAAUACCCCCAAAUAAAGCAAAGCAGAGCAUAGCACAUUACGCGGGCCACCCUCACGGGAGUAAAACAAAUUGAGAAGCGCGCCUCUUUCGAGCAUGCGAUUCUCGCGGCGCGUGAAACUCGCACGAGGGCAACGCAGUGUAGAAGCAGAAAGGACACCCACGCGAGCACACAUACGCAGAUACGCAUAGGCAUACACACACAUACGCAUAGGCAUAGGCAUAUGCGCACUACGCCCCACCUCGUCGCUGAACCCCCAAAUGGCGAAGCAGAAGGAACCCCCGAUUUUCAUCCUGAGCGGCGCGGCGGGGUCGGGCAAAGACACCCAGUGCACGCUCGUCGCAGAGAAGUACCACUUUGCAGUAAUCACCAUCAGCGCGCUGUUGAAGGAGUACAUUUUGGAGAGUGAGGAGACAGGAGGGGGUACCCGUCCAAGUGAAGAUAACGAAUCGAUUGAAAGAAUAAAAAAGUGUAUGAACGAUGGGUCGCUAGUGUCGGACGACACUGUUAUAAAAGUGUUUAUGCACCGUUUGGAAAAAUAUAUAAAUGGAGAGGAACCCUGUGCAGGCAUUUUAGUUAAUGGCUUCCCAAGGUCAUACGAACAGGCACUUCUCUUUGCAAAGAAUGGCACCCAAGUUGCAAGUUUCAUUCACAUACAGGUGAAGAAGGAGACCUUAAUGAGUCGAGUUAGUAACAGAAUGGCCGACCCACUCACCCAUAUGAAUUACAACGCCAAGGGGGUGGAAGUCAUCAUGAAAAAGAAGAAAGGGGUGCAACUAACUCCAGAAGAGGAACUGCUGCUAUCCUCUCAAGGGGAUGCAUUUAAAAAUGUAACGGACGAAGUCCUUGCCAGGUUGGCCAGAAGAGCCGAUGAUGACGAGGCUACCUUUCUGAAGAGGUUUCAUUUAUAUGAACAGAGUCAGGAGAAAAUCGUUUCCCUUUUUCCGACGGUCUACCGGAGUGUGGACGGGAAUGGGUCCAUCGAAGAGACCUUCGCGCAGAUAUGCGCCAUUAUAGAUGCGGGGGGAGCGAGCGAGUGAAUGAGCGAGUGAGGGUCUCCUCCGUUGAGGAAGCCUCCCCACUGCGACCACUCUACGCAGGAGAGAUGUGCACCUCACGUGCGUUUCUCCCCUUCCAAGAUGGUACGCGCGCCCAUUUGGGUGACCGUCCCAUGGUUAGUUCCAGUGAUCGUUUUGUUUUUUUACUUUACAUAUUUAUUUUAUUUUUUUUCCCACUCGGGGACUCACCUUGAUGCGAACUGUGUAGCAGCUCGAACCGCCGGACAGAGC